CUCUUUUUCUCCAAUUUUAUUUUACAACAGGUACGCAUCGAAAGCACUGGCGAUUUAGCUGAUGGAUUCGAGGGGACGGAGUCGGAGUAUGCGCAGCGAGCGUGAUGGAUACGUCUGCACAGAAUGGAUCCGGCGCACAGGCAGCAGCCAAUUCGGAGGAUUUCCUGGUUCUGGCAUUUGGGCUAAUUCGAAAUUCCGCACGGCUGGUGCUGCAUGUUCCUUGUAUAGGUUGGAAACAAACGUAGUCAAACAUGGGUAGAGUUAUCAGAGCUCAACGUAAGGGUGCCGGCUCCGUUUUCAAGUCGCACACCCACCGUCGCCAGGGUGCCGCCAAGCUCCGCGCCGCUGACUACGCCGAGCGCGAGGGUUACAUUCGCGGUCUGGUUAAGGAGAUCAUCCACGAUCCUGGACGUGGCGCUCCCCUGGCUAAGAUUCAGUUCCGCGACCCGUACCGCUUCAAGACUCGCACUGAGCUGUUCAUCGCCACUGAGGGUAUGUACACUGGCCAGUUCGUGUUCUGCGGCAAGAAGGCGCAGCUCGUUGUCGGCAACACCCUCCCGAUCGGUGAGAUGCCCGAGGGUACCAUCAUUUCCAACAUCGAGGAGAAGCCCGGAGACCGCGGCACUCUUGCUCGCACCUCGGGUAACUACGCCACCAUCAUUGGCCACAACCACGACGAGGGCGUCACCCGCGUCAAGCUGCCCUCGGGCAACAAGAAGGUCCUGAAGUCUGGCUGCCGCGCUACCAUUGGCAUCGUCGCCGGUGGCGGUCGUAUUGACAAGCCCAUCCUCAAGGCUGGCCGUGCCUUCUUCAAGUUCCGUGCCAAGCGUCACUCGUGGCCUCGCACUCGUGGUGUUGCUAUGAACCCCGUCGAUGGUCCCCAUGGUGGUGGUAACCACCAGCACAUUGGUCACGCCUCGACCAUUGCCCGCUCGGCCGUCCCUGGUCAGAAGGUUGGUCUCAUUGCUGCCCGCCGUACCGGUCUGCUCCGUGGUACCAAGAAGCUCAAGGAUUAAGCGUAAUCUUGCUUUUUGUGCCGCACUUACCCCCUGUGAAUCACAAGCUGUUUUCUGUCAUUGGAGAAAUAUAUACUGGUUCACGUCAAAUGUCUCUUUUCGGUAAUGUGCGCUACUUAUCGAAGGGGCUGCGUCCUGCUGUGUGAUCCAGUCAGGCCAGCGCGUGUAUGAUACGAACAAAUUUGCCCAUUUGGGGUAGGCUACAUAUUGAUUUCGACUGCGAUGUCUGUACGCACGGUAGCACUGCUUUCAGCUUCAGAGUAAACUAUCUAUUGUGUUCAUUGCUGCAAUUGGU